AUGGAGUGGAGCACGGCGGAGAACGACAGGUUCGAGCGCGCGCUGGCCACGUACGGAGGCGACUCCUCCGGCGUCUGGGAGCGCGUGGCGGCGGCCGUCGGCGGCGGCAAGACGGCCGACGACGUGAGGCGCCACUACGCCCUGCUCACGGAGGACCUCGGCGACAUCGAGCGCGGCCGCUACGGCUACCCCACUGGCACUGGCGCCAACAACGCCAACCAUCGCAACAACGGCAGGAACAGCUCUCUGAGCUUUGUGCCGUCGCGUGCAGAACCAAUCGGGCCCAGACAUGACGGGGCCAUGGGGUUUACGGAGUGA